ACGUUUUUUUGUGUUGUUGUUGGCCUGUGGGUGUCGAAGCUGUUUCGCGGCGCGAUGUUGGAAGUGAAUUUUGGGUAAACAAAAUCCGUUGAUAAGAUAUCCGCACCGUGUUAAUCGGGAGUAGCGCGACAUAUUUACCGUUGGCAAGCCCAUAUCAAGUGCAAAAUCGUAUACGAAUUUAAAGCCAGGCUCCAUUUCCUGUGCGUAUGUGUGAGUCGUCCGGUCGGUGGUGUGUAUGUGUUUUGAGCCCAUAAGCGUAGCCCGAAAAAAAGAAGUUUUCCGUUACCAUAUUUUUUACCAAGGGCCAAAGGGCGCAGCAUCUUCGCUCUCUAUCUAUCUAUCGCUCUUCACCUCUCUCUUACAUUCGUUAAUGCGAGUUUUGCAACUCCGUUUAUUGUGUGUAAACAGCAGGUGAAAAAUAUAACAAGGAAAGUGCAAAGAGUGAGGAAAAAGAAGCAAGCAUAAGAAGAAGACUCAACUCCGCGCAGAGCAACAAAAAGUGACGCAUAAAUAAAGGUUGCUAAUUACAAAAGGCAUAUCUGUACAACAGAUUAUCAAGAAUGGAGCUGGAGCCGCGUGUGGCCAUUCUGCAGGAUCUGCGGUUGCAGACCUUCGACUCCAUUCGUUUCGCCUCCUACCGGACCGCAUCCAAGCUGCGCUACAUACAGAAGUCCACGAACCUUCAUUUGGUCGACAUAUGGAAUGUGAUUGAGGCGUUCCGCGAGAAUGGACUGAACACACUUGAGCCGCAGAGCGAGGUGAGCGUGGCCAGGCUGGAAACUUUGGUCUCAUCGCUCUACCACAAUCUCAACAAGCGCCUGCCCACCGCCCAGCAGGUGCCAGUGGACUCGAAGGCGGGUCUGCUGCUCAACUGGUUACUGGCUGCCUACACAAGUGAUAACUCGGGCAAGAUUCGCGUGUUCUCUAUUAAAGUGGCCUUGGCCACCAUGUGCUCCGGUAAACUGGUGGACAAGCUAAGAUACAUAUUCUCGCAGAUCUCGGACGGCGCUGGCCAGCUGGUGGCCUGGAAGCUGAGCGAGUUCCUGCGCGAAGUGCUGGCCCUGCCGGCGGCUGUGUACGAGUCGCCAACAUUCCAUUACAAGGAGGGGCUCGAGGAGGAGAUCUUCCCGGCCGAGAACAAGGUGACAGUGAACGACUUUAUGGCCACGCUGAUGUCCGAGCCGGGGCCGUCCUGCCUCGUCUGGCUACCGUUGGUGCACCGGCUGGCCACCGUGGAGACCAUUGUGCAUCCGACUGUCUGCUCUGUUUGCCACAAGGAAAACUUCACCGGGUUUCGUUAUCGCUGUCAGCGGUGUCACGCCUACCAGUUGUGUCAGGAGUGCUUCUGGCACGGCAAGACAUCGCUGAACCACCAGAAUGAUCACGAGGUCAAGGAGUACUCGAGCUACAAAUCGCCCAGCAAACAGAUCGGUCACUCGCUGCGCAAGAGCUUCCGCUGUGUGCCGGAGAAGACGGUGCAGGUGCUACCCCGCUUUCCCGACCAGCCGGAGAAGACGCUCAACCUGUCGCACAUCGUGCCGCCCUCGCCGCUGCCCUCGCACAACGGCUUCUCGGACCCCUCGGGCCUCGUACAUGGCCACCAUGGGCCAGGCCUUCCGGGCCAGCACGGCAUAUUUGAUCGCUCCAGCACGCUCGACUCGCGGGCCACAGGUCGCAGUCUGGACAGCGCCAGCGGCACUGCUGGCACUACAAUGUCUCGCGUGGCCGCCGCCUCCGCCAACGACGAGGAGCACCGCCUGAUUGCCCGCUAUGCCGCCAGAUUGGCCCAGGAGAACAGAGCGCCCUCCAACUUGCCAGACAAUGCCACCCCCAUUGGCACGGAUAAUUCACGGGCCCAGCGUGAAUUAAUUGCCCAACUGGAGUCUAAGAACAAAGAGAUAAUGCGAGAGAUAGCGCGUCUGAGGCGCCAACAGGAGACGGAGCAGAUGGCUCCGGAGAAUCCAGCGCUGAUCAACGAGCUACGUGCUUUAAGGCAGCGAAAAGGAGAACUGGAAGGUCAUCUGGGUGCCCUACAGGAUUCAAGACGACAGCUAAUGGAGCAGCUGGAGGGUCUGAUGCGUAUGCUGAAGAACCAGCAAACCGCCUCCCCACGAUCAACGCCAAACUCGAGUCCUCGCUCUGGGAAAUCCCCACCAAUGCCCGGAGGAGCUGGUAUACUGGGUACCUCACCCAUGAGUGCGCUACAUGCCCAGCAAAUGCAGCAGCAUCCGAUGGCAGGUGGAGUCAGGGCCACCCAGCAACAACUCCUUCAACAGCAACAGCAGCAGCAGGCACAUGGUCAUGGUCCAUUUAGCCAGAGUCAGCUGGAGCAGCUCAACCAGAUCAGCAGCGAUAUGCGUAGCGCCUUCGCGGCCAACGGAAGUGCAAGCAAAUGCGAAUAGCCAAUGGCAGGAGCAGUUUGCACAAUGGAGUCUUAAUUCGCAAAAGAACUAAGACCUCGCCACCAGUGGACCAGUGGAAACCGCAGGACUGCGAAUCUCCGAAGGCAGCUGGACAGAUGAAGACGAACUCUCGCUUAGCUUUUUACCUUACCUUAACUCAUAUGUUGACUUAGAGCAAUUUAUUUAUUGAUUAUUUUAUUGAGCCGUAGCCUACACUACCUUUAUCAAUUUAAUUUAUACUUUGAGGAUUGGUAUCUUACACAGUAUGUAAUAUGUAUGUAAGCAUAUAUAUAUACAUAUAUAUUAUUAUUUUAUUGAAGCAAAGAAUAUGAAUAUAGUUGAUAAACAAGACUUGCAGUUGCACUGCAUUUUGAAGUCGCAAAUCCAUUGAAUCUCGUUGAAACUUUUACGAUCGUACUGCUAAAGGGCAAUAAGAGGUAUGGCGUUUUAAUUUUAGGUUUCCACGAAUUCGUAAUUGGCUUUUAGAUUUUGUAAGCGCCCGCGGCAGCGGAUAUUUAUUACCAUGAAACUUAACAAAUUGAAAAUCAAAUCACGUAAUGCAUAAUACAAAUACGAUAUAGACAUUUACAUAUUAUGUACUUAAUAACUAGCAACUUGUUGAGAACCUAAAAUCAAAUUCUAAAUGCUAAACAUUAUACAGAUUAUACACACUUUGAGAUACGAUAAAGCCAACAACUAUUUGAGCCACAACAAAAAAAAACCCAAUGUUAAACACUAAAACCGAAAAAGUAAAACUAAAAAUUUAUAUAUUAUCCAUUUAUAAUAUGCAUUCAUACAAGAAAAGUUAUACCAUAUAAUCGUAACGGCAUAGAGCACGAGAUAGAGAAAAUCCGACAUUUAUAGAACUUAUACAUAAAUACUGAAUAAUAUUACAAAAGAGAAAACUAAAUAAAAAGGCAUUUUAAACAAUCACA